AGCAUUCAAUUCGAUGCUCGUGUGCGCCUGUGCGAAUCGACUCGCCCUUCCUUCCUGAUCCCCCCCUCCCUCCCGGUACAGUAAUGGCAGUGUUGGAUCGGAGAUUUUAACCAGCUCGCUCCAGGAAAGCAAGCGCCGAUUGAUUUGAGCCCGGAUUGAACCGAACCGCUUCGGGACCGGUCCAUUUAUCACACGCACGAGAUGAUGCGCUUCAUGCUGUUGUUCAGCAGGCAGGGGAAGCUGCGUUUGCAGAAGUGGUACACGCCCACCUCGGAGAGAGACAAGAAGAAGCUGGUCCGGGAGCUCAUGCAGAUGGUUCUGGCCCGCAAGCCCAAGAUGUGCAGCUUCCUGGAGUGGAGGGACCUGAAGAUCGUGUACAAGAGGUACGCCAGCCUGUAUUUCUGCUGUGCUGUGGAGGAGCAGGACAAUGAGCUCAUCACCCUGGAGGUGAUCCAUCGCUUCGUGGAGCUGCUGGACAAAUACUUUGGCAGUGUCUGCGAGCUGGAUAUCAUCUUCAACUUCGAGAAGGCCUACUUUAUCCUGGAUGAGUUCCUGAUGGGGGGAGAGAUUCAGGACACCUCGAAAAAGAGUGUUCUGAAAGCCAUCGAGCAGGCUGACCUGCUGCAAGAGGAGGAUGAAUCUCCCCGCAGUGUUCUAGAAGAGAUGGGACUGGCGUAGCGGCUCUAGAACCCAAAACCUAGAACCCAGAACAUUAGAGUGUAACCAUCAUUAACCUGCCCCCGGCCCCCCGUGUAACACACUGCCCCCCCCCCCCCCCCCCCGCAUAACACACUGCCCCCUAGUGAAUGUAAGAAAGUAAUGCUAUUAAGCAAUAGGGCAUGAGUAUUUGUGAUACUUCUCGGAUCCACUAGAGGGCAGCGUGGUGCUUUGACCCAUUCAGUCCUGAAUAAUUCUUGUCGCGCUGAAGGAUGCAAAAGGAAGCGACGUAAUUCAAACAGAAACUCCUUUAUUGAGUACACAGGACCACAGGACACCAAAAAACAUUUUUCUGUGUAUUUUGGAAAAUGGAACUUUAGUCUUUUUAAGACGCUCUCGACCUGGAAGAAGUUAAAAAUUCUGACGAGAAUUUUUAUUAUUUUUUUAAAGAAGAAAUUCUUUAGUCCAGAUCGCUGUGAUGAAAUGCACUCGGGUCCGAGUCGCUCUUUUAAAGCGUCCUUUUGAAGGAGGGAUACAAGGGAGGAAGCAACGAUCUUCCAUUUCUAUAGAAAUCUAUUUAAAAAAGGGAAUCGCCUGAAUGUAAUUUUAUAUGAAAAACAUGAACCCUCACAAUAACAGCUGGAUCAAAAACCCAGUUCCGAUGGAAGUCAAAUGUCUUUUUAAAUUGUGUGAAAUGAUUCUGAUUCUUAUUGUCGUUAUUUCUAUUAUUAUUAUCAAUAUUAUUUGUUGUUGAUAUUAUUUUUUUUAUUUGCUGGUUUAGUUUCGUCUUGAUAAGGGAUCGUGUUGUUUGUGUGAAAUGGCCUGGAUUAAUAAACACUAUCAUUGAGCUGAA